CAGCAAAAUGGCGGAAGGUGGUGGUGAUGAACCUGCUUGUCAGCCACUGCCUGAGGCUGGAGGAUACGAUUAUACAUACGUUGAGGACCCUCCAGAAAACCUAACGUGUCCAAUCUGCAUCCUGCCUUGUAAAGAGCCACAAAUAAUCGAUUGCUGUGGAGCUAAAAAAUUCUGUCUAACCUGUAUUGACAGAGAACGACUAGCUGGGAAGCCCUGUCCUUUAUGUAGGAAAGAAAAGUUCCAGACGUUGAUAGACAGAGAACACGAGAGGAAGAUAUUGGCACUCAAAGUUUAUUGCAAUCAAAAAGAAAGGGAGGGAGGCUGUCAAUGGAUUGGAGAGGUCCGCCAUAUUGAGGAUCAUCUUGAGAAGGAUUGCCAAUACGUUCUUGAGGAAUGUAAAUGGGAGUGUGGGCGGAAAUAUGCACGUAAAGAUAUAGGGUUUCACCAAGAAGAUGAGUGUCGCAAUCGACCCUGGAAACUUGUUCUGUUGAAAAAAGUUGAAGCCCUUGAGAGACUAUGUGAAGCUCAGAGAGGAUCGCUCAAAGAAAAGGAUCGAAUCAUUAAAGAAAUGAAAGAGAAAAUGGAUGGGGACAGGAAGGAAAUGGAGGCAAAGAUGGCUGAUGGUAUAAAAGAAUUAGAGACAAAAAUUGAGACAAAAAUGGUUAACAAUACAAAAGAACUGGAGGAGAGAAUUGCCAUGAAUCAGGAACAAAUUGAAGAAGGUAAUAAUAUAGCUGUACAGAACAAACAAGAAAUGGAAGAAAAAAUAAACGAAAUGGAGCAAACGAUAAGGCAAAAUGAUGAAGGAUCCAGAGCUGAAAUUGCAGCUGUUAAGGGAGGACUGGAGAAUCUACACAAAACAAUCGAAGAAGAGAAAGGAGAAGUGGAAAGGAAAUUAGUCAAAGCUAAGGAGGAGAUUAAUAGAGAAACAACUCGUCAGCUUAAUGUAAGGAUAGAGGAACUGAAGCUAGAAGUUGAGAAGAAGUUUAAAGCUGAACUGAAGCAGCAGGAGAAUAAUAAGAUAAAACCACUAGAAGAACAUAGGACAAAAAUGGAUAAGGAAAUUACUGCAGCUGGGAAAACAGUUGGAGAUUUGGCUGUAAGAUUUCAAACGCUACAAGACGGACUGAAGAAGAUGGACACUAGGAUUCAAAGAGAAGCCAUUGAUAGAAUUAAUAUUAUUGACAGACAAUUUGAGGCCAUGCGUAAGAUGUCUUCAGGUUUCAAGAUACCAGAGUGGCAGCGUCCCCUCCCCCUCACCUCUUUCUCCAAUAUCCCCCCGUGUCAGUUCACUAUGAUGAACUUCACUUACCACAAGAAGCAAGGGAAGGCUUGGUAUAGUCCUCCAUUCUACAGUGAGCCUGGUGGCUACAAGUUUUGCCUGCGUAUCGAUCCAAACGGAAUGCUCGAAGGAAAAGAGUCUCAUCUCUCAGUUUGGGUUUACGUCAUGAGGGGGCG